GCAGAUAGCCGUCCACUCUCUCGUCUGACUGUUCACCCUCUGCCUCCAACGCGCUUUUUAACAAAUCAGACGAUGUGAAAGAAUAGUGUUCCGUCGACUGAUUUUCUUUUAUUUUAAAGUUUGUUCUUUAUCGCUGGAGAAUAAUGUUCUGUUGGAACGUGAAGUUAGUCGAACUUUUACUUGUUUUUUCCUACUUCCUGGUCCGUGCGCAGCUUCAGAGUCCAGGACAAUCUGAACUGAUUUCUUCUCAGUCAGUUGUGGCCGUGGUGGAUCAGGAUGUUAUUCUUUCCUGUCAUCUUAAUCCGUCCAUCAGCGUUGACUCUGAGACAGUGGAGUGGACUAAACCCAGUCUAGAAGGAUCGAGGAGUGUCCAUCUCCACAAAGAUGGACGACUGGUGUUUAAGGGACAAAAUCCAUCUUAUCGUGAUCGUACCCGGCUGUUUGUGGAUGAGCUGAAAAAUGGAAACGUGUCCCUGAAAAUAUUCCGGGUGAAGCUCUCUGAUCAAGGGGAAUACAGAUGCACCAUUCCCACAAUGAACAAGGAGGCUUCCAUCAGCCUCACUGUUGUUGAGACUGAGGUGAUCGGUUCACAUGAACCAGUUGUAGGAGUAGUUGGUGAAGACGUCAUCCUGCCGUGUCACCUGGAGCCUCCAUUUGAUGUGAAGAAUCUAGCGGUGGUGUGGAAACACAAUGAAGACAACGUUCACUUCUAUCGUAGUUUGAGCGAUGAUUUCAGUUUCCAACACGAGCAGUUCAAAGGCAGAACUUCUCUCUUCCAUGAUGAAAUGAUCCAUGGAAACAUUUCCCUGAAACUGACCAAUGUAACUAGAAAUGAUGCUGGAGAUUACACCUGCUAUGUUCCCAAACUGAAGAGUCAGGUCAGGAAGGGGAAACUUUCCUUAGUUGUUCAGGAGCAAAGAAACAUCAGUAGUUCUAAUCAAACUUCCAGAGGAGAGGAAGGACGUGACAAAGGUUCUAUGACUGGUGGGAUAAUAGGUGGUGUUGGUGGUGGUGCUGUUCUUCUUGUCAUCAUCGCCAUAUUGAUUUGGAAACGGGAUGAAGCAGAUCAACAGCCACAGCAAAACGCACAACAACCUAAUGGUGCUGAGGUCUAUGAGCUGGAGCCUCUCAAUGAGUCUGAACAACACCAGGAACAUGAAAGUGCCAGCUGAAAAAGGAUGACUCUUUUUUUUUUUUGGUCUUUCUUAAAGUGCUCAGGAAUCUCUCUCGUUUCAUAUGUGCCACUUUCAACACAACAGAGAAGUUGUUUGUGUGUGUUUUUCAAAUAAUUGGUUAUAUCUUGAUACUACGAAACUCUAAAGUCUAAAUAACCCAGCUCUAUUCUGAAGUUUGUUUAUGGCAGUGAUAUGUAACCACUUUCAGUAACCGUCUCAGUGUGACUGAACCAAAGCUCUGUAAAAACAGAUACGUAGGAGAUAAAGAUGAACUUUUGAAUUUCUUGGUACUGUAUCAGCAUUUUUUAAUGAUUUAAAUGAUGAUUUUUAAAACAAUGCCAACAAUCCAGUGUCUCCUGCUGUGGUGCUGCUGGCUGAAAGGACUAACAGAGGAAAUCAUUUACAGAGCUGCUGUUACAAGUGAAACUAUCUGAGAAACAAACAGUCGAUACUCUAAUAGGAUGAUUACAUGGAUGAGUGUGUGUGCAGGAGUUUGUUUGAGCUGGCAAACUGGAAACAAUGAAUCAUGGGUGUGUGUUGUGUUGUUGUGUGGACAGACCUGUGAAAACUAAUCUCUCUCUGAUUGAACUUUAAACACCUACUGUACUUACUAGUGUUUAUGUGACUCUACAAUGAGAGACGGGUUUUAACUGAAGGUGCAGCUGAGGAGAUUGUUUUCUAGUAUUGUACAUAGAUAUCCAGGUUUAUCUUCUAUGUGUUUUUAUGUGUGUGUUGCUAUUUUACUCAUUUGUGUGUGCGUGUUUUCAACUGCUUUUAACAGUUGGUAAAAUCCACUUAUAAUGAACAGAGGAUCAAAUGUAAUGUGAAAAUUAUUACUACUAUUACUGUCACUACUGUGAUAUAUAUAUCACAAACUAGUCUUAUUUGUUUCAUUUGAACUUUUUAUUUUCAUCCAAAUCUGUUGUUUUUGGUUAUUGUCAUGAUAGUUUUUGACUUUUUCUGUGGUUAUAUGCACCAUUUUCAUGAAAUGUGUUGGGGGAUUUAUAUGUAUGUAUGAAAUGUCAGAAUAAUAACACAUUUUAAUACAUUUUGAGUCAAACCCUGCAUCUCUCUUUAACUGAAAGUCAGACACAAUCAGGAUGAAUGAAUCCUGUAAUGAAACACGUUUCUGCUAAACGUGAUUACAUCUUUAAAGAUCAUCAAAUUCAGGGCCUGAUAUUUGAUAUUAUUCACCCAGUUAUUGUUUAUCCACACUGGGGUUAUUAGAAGUUUACAAUUUGUCAUUCAACCAGAGACAAACAGCACCCAACCACUGAUUAAACACUUGGGUUUCCUUUGGUAUAUUCUGGGUCAGGGUUCCACACCACUGAAGAUGACAGGGACCAUAUUACUAAAGGUUCUUCAAAGAGUUGCUCCUAUUGGUCAAAUUCUUAUUCUUAGAUCCUGGUAAAGAUAAAAGGCUUUCCCAAAGAAUCUUCAGAUCAUUUUAAAAGCAGGGACGACUUUUACUAAAAAGUAAAAACUCACCCUAAAUGACUGAAAUGUCGACUCACCCUGGAUAUGUAUCAGAGGACCUCUGUGUUGUAGUAUGUGGUGUCACUGUUACUCAACAAUAACUCACAUGGGAUUAGGAUCACAGACGACCUCCAUGAUUAUUACAAAUUACUGGAGGUCCUCAGAUAAAACUUGUGCCGUGGGAAUAGAGCUGAUAAGUCUAUUGAUAUGAUGCUCCAUUCUAUGUUCAUUAUCACCAAAGGUGUAUUUGUAUCCAGCUUUUAGGAUCAACCAAUCACACCUUCUGAAAUGACGCCUCAUCUCUAACAACAGGGUCGACCACUGAGAUCAGAGAUUUUGUCCUUUUCUUGCUCAGAGUUCUCCAAGAACAUUAUGUAAUCGUUCUUAAGCUAAGAAUCCUGGGAACUUUUAGUCUAAGUUAGGAGCUCUCUAACAGGAAACUUAAAAUAUAUGGUCCCAGAUUUUAUUUAUUUAUUUUGCCUCUGGACAAAUCUAAAUUGAAUGAAGCAGUCUCUCAUGAAUAAUCAGACCAUGUUUAAGCCCCCACAUCACCACCAGCUUCCUUCCUUCCCUACGUGGGAAAAGUCAAAACACAAACUCUCCCUGAACUGGGGUCUUUUUUUUUUUUCUUAAAGCAUUUACAAACAAUCAUUUCUCUCACGAGGACAUUUCUUAUCUUUAAAGAACAAGAACGGUUCCUCCUCAUCAAUAUUAGUUCCGUGUUAGAAUAAAUGGUCAUUAAAUGGUGCCAUCUAGUGUUGAAAUCCUGGUAUUGAUCUGGAAAUGUCAUGGUUCUGUGUCUGUCUUUCAUUUUGUGACCAUGUUUUCAGUUUCCUCUUUUCUUUUGUUAAGUUUUGGAUUUCCUGUCUCUUGUGCCUCGUGUGUUAAUUGUUCAUUGGUUUCUCCCUUUUUAAUCUCUUCUCUUUGAUAUUAAAUAUAUUUAGUUUGAAACCAGA